UGUGGUGGGCUGGGGAAGGAAGGGUGUGCAGUGGGCGCUAGGAGCGGGGCCGCGAGGUGUGUUGUCAGUCCAGUGUAGCCUGCACCAGCAACAUGAUGCGAGGACCAAGUUACGACGAUUCCUACAUCUCUCGAAAAAUAACGCAGAUGCCUGGACCCACCUUCAAUGCACCUGGGCCCGUUUCCUAUGGACGCCCACCCAUAGGCGGCUACAUACAGGAUCCUUACGGCUACGACUACAUCCCCAGGCGAAGGAAAACAAAGACAACAAGGGCGGAGGCCCGUAGCCUGAGCCCGGAGAUUCCCUACCUUUGGCCUGAAGUGGAUAACAGCUUCAUGGAGCGUAAGGCUCGCAAAGGCUGGUAUCGUGUCGACUUCGGGCCACAUCGAGCCACAGAAACGCGGUACCUGCCCACUACCAGGGACAGACUCAACUUCCUGAGGCGCUACGCUGAACCUAUCGCCUACUCAUCUUACUCACCUCCCAGAGCCAGUUCCGUUCCUCCACCAGUCAAGAGUGUCAAGACUAUCAGAUAUCCCAGAUAUUCCUCCUACUGGACUACUCCCAGAUACCAUUCGUCGGUUCUGAUUCCUUAUAGGAGGCCAAGAUCAAUCUCGUACAGUUACUGGUAUUACCCAACUCUGGGACCGUACUCAGGAAGAUUGUGGACGUCAGCGAGGCACCUCAGCCCUCUGGCAGGACGCGCCAGAUCCCUCAGCCCUGUCCGCGUUUCAACCAGCUGGAGCGACUCGUAUACCUCGCCCUACUCCUCCUACUCGGCCACCACCACCUACAGUCCAGACAGCACGGAGGUGAGGGAGGAGAGACGGAGUGUGUCCCCCGCCCCCGCCUCCUACAGGCCUUCGGCAGCCACCCAGCUCAUCCUUAACCGAGUAGCGUUAAGGACACCUCGCAGUUCGGUGUCGCCGUUGGUCAGGGGCUACCCACAGUUUGGUCCACCACCUCCACCAGUGCGUAUCGUGCCGCGUUUACCCCCACCAUCCUACUACGACUACGGUGGUUACUAUAGUUACGUCCCACUCCAGCCAAGGAUUAGCCGCUACGACAGCUACCUGGAUGACGAGCUGCCUGAACCUGCCUACAUCCCACGCUACCGUCCUCGUGUCGCAGAUACCCUAGACGAUGCCGACUUCCGUGAAAGAAGCCUCCCUCACCUCACCACCACCACUACAACCACAACUACCACCCCACGGACCACCGCCCAUACCAGAGGCUACUCCCCAGGUGCACCAGCACCUGCAACACGUGCGGUGACCACAGGGGAAGGAGAAGACAGCCUGGCCCUGGUUCCCUUUCGUGGACGCACCGCCGGCAGGCUCAGGCCCCACCUGCAGUCCCUGCCCCGGCAGGAGACAGUGCCGGGGGAGACUGAAGGUGAGAGGCAUCUAGCCCGUCUGGCGCACCGCUACCCAAGCCUCUCUGAACCACAGAUGCUCCAGGACCACGUCGACAAGAUGCGCAUCCGUCUUAAGUCCCUGGCUUACUCCCUCGACCCCACCGGCCCAGUUCCUGAGAUCAUCCUGCCAGAGCGACACAAGAAGUCUGCUGCAAUAGACGACAAGAAGUACUCAUCCGGGCCCAAGCACCUGGCUUGUGUAGAGUUUGCCGGAGGGCAGCCCCAAUGGAAGCGCAAGGCCCGUGCCCGCUACCCUGCCGAGGACCCCGAGCACGUAGCCACCUUGGUCAAGGCUGAGUACGUGGACGCUGAGGAAGCCCCUGAGAAAGAACAGAAAGAGCAGGAGAAACUGAUUCUGAAGGAUCGCCUAUCCAACCGGAUCCACCAGUUUUUCAACAGCACCUUGAAUGCGGAACAGUUCGACAAAUACCUGAAGACAUACCGUCAGCCGGGCCCGAAACUACCUCAUGCGCAAGUGAGGGGAGGCUUUCCUAGCGCCCGUUUGUACGAUUCUUCUGCCCAGGUGAUGCCGGACACCUCUUCCCGCUACACCAAACUCACCAGCAAGUGGGAAGAACCUGACACCGUGUUCGGCGCUCCCUCCGACAAGAAACCCUACUCCAAGGUAGAAACUGGCUCUUCCUUCUUCUCUACCUAUGGUUACACCAACCGAAAGAAGGACUAUGUGGCUGAGAAGGACACAAGCCACGUCCGCUUCGACAGCAGCGCCCUCAAGGCCAUUACCGACGGUGCUGCUGAGGAGGGAAGUGAGGAGAAGAAGGAGCGCAGGAAGAAAAAGAAGUCUAAGGAGCGUGAGGUCGUCCCCGAAGUUGCCACGGUGGAAGCCGUGUCUUCCACACCAGCACCACCAGCAGCAGCACCGGCUGAAGUCUCCGUCCCAGAGGCGGAGCCCGUCUCCGCUCCCACCGAGAGCGAACCUGCCGAAGAUGAAGAGAAGGAGCGCAAGAGACUGGAGAAGAAGAAGAGGAAGGCCGAGCGUGAGGCUGCUGCCAAGGCUGCCAUGGAGGCAGAACUAGCUGCCCUUGCUGCCGCUGAGGCAGAAUUGGCCCGCCUGGAGGCUGAAAGCAGCUCCCUGAAACCCGAGGCUCCUGCUGCCGAGGUCUCCGCCCCUGCCGAGGUCCCUGCCGCCCCUGCUGAGCCCGCCGCUGAGGUGAAAAGUGAGUCCGCUGCUGAAAAAUCUAGCGAGCCCAGCAAGGCCAAACGGAAAUUGCAAUCUGCCACCUCCAAGAUUCUCGCUGUAGGAGCAUUUUUUCGUUCAAAUAAAACACAGAAGCAGCCAUCAGCCGAGUAGAUGCAGUAGAUAGUUCGUCUUUCUACGGAUCUCUUGUGGGAACAGAAGUUAGAGACGCCCCGGCUACCUCCACCACAGCAGAGGCCGGGCAGGAGGGACCUGACGAUACUACCCACGCUGCUGCCGACGUCGACACCAGCAGCGCCCCCACCUCCAGGUCGGGUGACCAGCUUGUGGAGUAGAUGUUGCCAGCACAUCCUCGCUACACCAACAUCCACCCCUCAACUCUCUUAUGAAUUGGUUCAUAAAUCAUUAGCAUCAUUCAGUAACUUAAUUCCUCACAUUCUUUAUCCACCAACUACCCUGGACACUUAUUGUGCUUCAGUUUUUACACUUCUCUGACAGUUAAAACUUGAGAUUCAGACCAUUUACACACAGUCAUCCCUUAAGAUAUGUAGAGUUUUGUUCCUAAGUCGGAUUAGCGUCAAUAUGUUCCAUCUUAAUGACUAUUAUUUCAACAUCAAAGGCACUACAAAUGGUUUAGUUUCUCCUCUGUUAGAGUUGAGAGAAUGUUCACUUAAUAUCAUUUUCUAUGUAACAGUGCUAACCCAAACUAUAAUAGCACUGUUACUUGGCUCCUUGACACAUUUUAUUUAUUGUUUUUUCUAUUAUCUUGGGCCACACUUCUUAACACACACACACGGGGGAUAUAUUACUGUUUUAAUUAUAGCUCAUCUCAUUAUACGCUUUUGGGUUUCAUGUGUUAAGUCAAAUUAUUUGUAAUGACACUUUUUAGCUUGUAUCAUGACGGCAAAAAAAAGAAAAAUAUAUACAAAUUAAGUAAUGGCAUGUAGCAUUUUAUUGUCAAUUUAUCAUAUGGUUAUGUGCUGUCUUAUCUGAAUUCUUAGUUUCAUCUUGAGUUGCAGUUCAAAAAAACCUAUCACAUUGCUCGGUGUUUAAGAGAAAUUGUGACAACUGCACUCAUGGUGGUGGCUAAGAUACAGGGCGGUAUAUGUUUUCUUUUUUAAUCGCUGUAUCUUGUAAGUAAUGAGUGAUGUAUUUGUGCGCAGCUAUAACACUAUUUUCAUCAGCAAAAGUUUGUAAAUACUAUGUAGACUCCGCCCUCAAGUGUAAAAUGCCAGGUACCUGGAUUCAGACAUUAUCUGUUGAGCUGAACGUCAGCGAAGGGCAGCCCAGCUCACACUCAGGUCAUAGCCUGAGCAACUUCUUAAGAGGCAAGCAGGGAAGGCUACACCUAAAAUAGGACACCAGUUAACAGAAAGUUAGGAUCUACGCCUAUAGGUUGACCUUAUGAUAAAAUAGUCAAUAUUUCCUAAUUUAUAUUUACAUAUAUUGGCAUUUUUUUUUGCUUCAAAAUUCUAGGGAGGCAGCUCUCCCUCUUGCACCUCUUCUCCCCAGCACUGGCUAGGGACCUGUAACUGCUAGGUCUGAGUCCUGGUUGGGCAGGUACGCAUGGAUAGUGCUCUUAACUGUGCAACUGUGACGUAUUUUUUAAUGGGCUGGGAAUGUAAAACGUAGGAUGGUUCCAAUUCGCUACUAAUUAGCUUUUCAAGGAAACACAAAUCUAGUCUGCUAAUAUUUAGCUCAUUUGACACUAUUGUGGUCAAAUCUGACAACGUUCUGUUGCAAUAGGUUUCAAUAUUUUGUCUGUUUAAUUUUCUUCCCGACAAUUGUGUCCUGUUCACAAUAAAGAUGUUAAACACACGAGGUUUUA